GAAACCCUUAUUCUUGAAUUUGUGCGCUUUCUCUCUCUUAUACGCACACAUCUCUCUUAUCUUAUACGCACACAUCUCUCUCUCUCUCUCUCUCAGCGACGAAGAAGACGAAGGAGAGUACUCUAGGAAGAAGCUUCGUCUCUUGAAAGAUCAAUCGACUGUUCUUGAAGAGAGCUUCAAAGAACACAAGCUCCAUCGGCUGUUCAAAGCGAUUUCAAAGCGAUUUCGAAGAUUCAGAUCGAUAUCAAUCGGCUGUUCAGAGCGAUUUCGAAGAUUCAGAGCGGCAUGUGCGUUGCUGAACUUGUCGUUGAUCGACAAGAACAAGAUUUCGAUCGGAGCUUGCGGAGCGAUUCCGCUAUUGAUAACGCUAUUGAUGAAUGGAUCGAAUAGGGGGAAGAAGGACGCGAUGACGACACUGUACAAGCUGUGUAUGGUGAAGGUGAACAAGGAGAGGGCGGUGAAGGGAGGGGCGGUGAAGGCGGUAGUGGGGCUGGUGGCGACGGAGCAGAUGGCGGAGAAGGCGAUGGUGGUGAUGAGUAGUUUGGCGGCGGUGGCGGAAAGGAAGGAGGCGAUUGUGGAGGAAGGGGGGAUUGCGGCGUUGGUGGAGGUGAUCGAGGAUGGGUCGCCGAAAGGGAAGGAGUUCGCGGUGAUGACGCUGUUGCAGUUGUGUGGUGAGAGUGUGAGGAAUAGGGGUUUGCUUGUCAGGGAAGAUGGGAUUCCUCCAUUGGCAGCGCUUGCUCAAACUGGUACUACAAAAGCCAAGCACAAGGCUGAAACACUGCUAAGGUCAUGGGAUCAUCAUGACAUUUUAUCUGUUCUGCCUGAAUUCAAUUCAAGUGGUCACUGCUCAACUAGUGCCCGGUUGAGGUCAAUUGCUUCAUAUAGUGGUCGAAAGGAGACUGCUGUUUAUGCCACUGAUGUACAUACUGGGAUGGUAAUUCGGUGCAAAGUUUACAUUGACAACUUCUCCAGGAUCCAGAUAUUUCAUAACUCCAUCAAACUUGACUUAGAUGGGCUUGCUACUCUCCAUGUCCGUGCCUUUGAUGAUGAAGAAAAUGUAUUUUCAUCAUUAGUGGGCUUACAGUUUAUGUGGCAUCUUAUGCCUGAAGCUAAUGGAUUGCCUCAUCACCUUGUUCAUGUUCCUCUAAAGGACUCUCCUCUGAGUGACUGUGGAGGAUUAUGUGGUGACUUAGAUAUCCAAACAAAACUUGAAGAUAGUGGUGUAUUUUCAGAUUUGUAUGUGGUAAAAGGAACUGGAAUUGGCCAUGAGAUUGUUUCUGUGCAUUUGCUUGAGCCACAAUUUGAACACAUGGCAGAUAAGAUUGUUUUAACUGUAGCAGAAGCCAUGUCUCUCGAUCCUCCCUCGCCCGUAUUUGUGCUUAUUGAUGCUACUGUUCAUUAUUGUCUUAAAGUUAUUCGUGGGAAUAUUCCUCAAGGCCCAUAAGGAUGCCACCCUAGUGGUUGCAAAUCUGCAGAGGCAACAGGUUUAUUCAUGAUUGCAUCCCAUUGUUGGCUAGCAGAGUUUAUGCCUCGAAUAAUAAAUGGUAAUCAUUUCGAUUC